ACAUCAAUUAUGAUCCAUCUUCUAAUGUUGGAGAUGUAGAGAAUGAACAUGUGUUCAGUCCAAAAACUCAAAAUGUAGAACUGGUAGCAAAUGAUCUCAAAGAAGAUAUAUCAGUACAGAGCAAUAUUAGGGCUCAUGAGGAAGUGAGGACGCACCAAGAAUACUUCCAGAGAUACUCAAACCCUCAUAACAAGUUUACUCCCAAGACUGAUACUGACCAUAAAAUGUUGGACCACAAAAGCAAUAAACAAAAGCUUGAAAAAAUGCCUUUAGAGAGCUAUUGCGAACAAUGGAUAAGAGGGCAGCUAUCUAAUUUUGAUUAUUUGACCAUCUUAAACAAUUUAGCUGGUAGACGCCAUGGGGACCCUGUCUGUCACCAUGUUAUGCCAUGGGUAACAGAUUUCACCUCUCGGACAGGUUCCAACUGGCGUGAUCUGACACGUUCCAAAUAUAGGCUGAAUAAGGGAGACAGACAGCUGGAUCUGACAUAUGACACAGCCACUGGGACAGCACAGGUGCCGCACCAUGUUUCAGAAGUUCUCUCUGAAAUAACAUACUAUGUGUACAUGGCACGGAGAAUACCAAAAUCCAUUCUCUGUAAAUACGUCCGACCAAAAUGGGUCCCAGCAGAAUACCCUUCAUCCAUUCAGAGGAUGCAAGAAUGGACUCCCGAUGAAUGUAUUCCUGAAUUCUUUUCUGAUCCUACUGUUUUUGAGUCCAUCCAUGAGGAUCUUCCUAACCUGGAAAUUCCAUCUUGGGCAACUUCUGUUGAGGAUUUUAUUGAAAGACAUCGUGAUAUAUUGGAGAGUAAUCAUGUCUCUGAAAGGCUACAUCACUGGAUAGAUCUAACCUUUGGAUACAAGUUAUCAGGAAGUGCUGCAGUGAAGUCGAAGAAUGUGUGUCUUCACCUUGUUGACAGCCAUAUGACCCUUGCACAAACAGGUGUAGUGCAGUUGUUUGCACAGCCACAUCCAUCACGGAUUUGUGCGUCUCCAUACUGGGGAAAGACUCCACCCAGAUUACAGCCAUCACAGAGGGAUAAAAGGAACAAGAAUGUUGAUCGUGCGAGUGAAGAUGAAGGCCACAGUUCAGGAUUUGAAGAAGAUGAACAGUCUUUGUCUCAGGGUGGAUCAAAAUCAUCACCGCUUGCACUUAAUAAACUUUUGAGUCGAUCUAGAGGUUCACUGUUGGGCUCUUUUCCAACAUCUUCACCUGAUGAAACCUGCCCUCAGCAAAAGACAGGAGCUGGAAAUGGUGCUGCCUCCAUUAUGCUUCCAAAGGACUACAACCCAGUAGCUGCUAUUCAAAGUGUUGAAUCGAUGUACAACUUCCUUAACAAGACUCUGCACAACAGCCCUAAAUCUCUGAAAGAAGAAUCUCCUUGUAUUGGCAGUGGCAUUGGCUAUAAGCAGAUUGUAGCUUCAAGAAGACUACAUGAAAUGGAGGUUCUGGGCUGCAUUGUGGUUGAAAUGCUGCUAGCUCAACAACUAAGACCUACCAGCAGCAGUGAACCAGUUUCUCCCAUGUUCAGACUUGAAAUAUGUCGUGCAGUUUUGUCACGAGCUGCUGACAUGGUACCACGCAACGUGAGGCAUGCAAUAUCAUUGUUGCUCAUGGAAGAUACCAUGAGAGACUCCUGUGGGCGGCGACCUGCAGUAACAUCUCGUGGCCUUCCGCCUCCAUCUGCUCACCAGUUGCUGCAGCCACUGUUAGCCCACUGCGCCUUCCCAUUUCCAGCACACUUCUUGACUCUUACAAAACUUCUCUGCCGUCACCACGAUUUCUGCAGCCUUGUUAGGGAAAUGUCAUUUUUGAACCUGCAGGAGACUGUUGAGCCUGACAUUGCUGAGAAGAUAAUGAACUUUAUUACUGAAAUAAACAAACUGAAAGUCAAGGUAAUGAAACAAGAACUGACAGUUCUACUUCCUGAAAUUUCAUCUGUUUCGCAAGAAAGUCUUGAAUUAAUUCUUCCAUACAUCAAGGAACUUAUGGAAGACCCAGAAACAUCAGUGCUGGCAGCUUGGAACCUUUUUGAUCUUGUUGCAAAACAUCUUGGGCCUAAGCAUACUGCUAAGUUUCUGAUGUCAUCAAUUCUUAAACUGUAUGAGAAUGGCACAGAAGAUGACAGUGAGCAGAGCAGCAAACAUGUUAAACUAUACCAUCACAUUUUUCUGCUGCAGUUAAUAGUUCGUCUAGGACUCAAAACGUUCCUUGAGAAUUUUGUGAGUCCUUUGGUGGAAGCUGUUGGAGGCUACAGAGAUUACUACAGCCGUGAUGGAGCCUCCUUUCAGCAGGGUCCAGAUCUUAGAAAUGCAACAUCUUCUCUUAAAGGCUGUGAUUUUGAGGACAGUACUAUAAUGGGUGUGCUUUCUCCAUUGGAUGAAGACUCUUCAGGUGACUCUGAAAAAUCUAAGCCAUCAAGUGGUGACAAUGUUGAGCAGACAGGAGAAACAGAGAAAGAUGUGCAAAAUGGUGCUGAACCAGAGGUCUUUGUGUUUGAAACAGGUGAAAAAUCAUCACCUGAUGACCCAGAAACUCCUUUGUAUCAUCUCAUGGAGCAUCUUGACUUGGAGUUGCCUGACCCUGCAGCUAUUGAUGAUGACGGCUCCCUAGAAAUAAAUUUUCAAGAAGAUGAGACUGUUCAUGAAGCAGCUGAAGAAGAUGCCAUUGAGGUUUCAGAAGAUUUCUCUGAUCCAGAAUUCCAUGCAGCAGACAGUAGCACUGUUCAUUUUAAUACUCCAGCUGCAUUUUUAGAGUCGAAAGACAUUGAUGUUUCUGAAAUGGAACCUGCAGCUGAAGAAACUCCAAACAAGACAAAUGAAAUUCAGCCUCUUCGGAAGAAAUCUAAUGCUCAAUUUAAGGUAUCAGACAUGAGUGCAGAAUCUGUCAUAUGGCUCUCUCACCGACUAGGCCCGGUACUGACAGCACGUCAUCUCUCACGAAAUUUAUUACGGAUGCUGGCACUGUGCUAUACAGGGUACUCCAACAUGGCUCAUGCAGCUCCACCCACAGCUGAAAUGGGUACUCUCAGCAUUGCUGAGGGACAUGUUCAGGGUGAUCAUAGUGCCUGCAAAGUCUUGGACUGCUUAACAUCUAUAGCUGCUUUGUAUGGGGAACAGAUGAUUGUUCUUCAGUAUCUUCCACAUAUGAGUGAGUUAAUAGCACUUUGCAAAAGGAAACUUACUCCAAAUUUAGAAGGUGGUGUAGUUGGGAGUCUGGCACUACUCAGACAUAUUGUUCCAUUCCUGUCGGAUGCUGUUUUAAUGGACCAGCUACAGGAUGUUAUUUUGAAAUCUGUGCUAAACCCUGUUGUCAGACUUUUAUCAACAACACGCACAGUAUUUCCAUCUGGUGCAGCAGCACGUUCAGCUGUUGCUCGGAAAUUUGCUGAUGCCAUUUAUGUUGUUGCAUUGAGGAUCGGUCAAGAGAUGUCUCGACGCCAUCUAGCAGUACCUCUACUGCAGAGAUUUUUUCUUGCCUUCGACAAAGCCUUCAUGCGCUGUGCACUUGAUGAUUCAUUACAGGGUGCCCAGUCUGUGAAUUCAUCUACAAAAGAAGCUGCUACAAGGUCUGACAAUGACAGUGAGGGGCCUGACAUAUCUAUUGGAGCUGAAAUGCGUGGGAAUCUGCUCAACAGAGUAAAGGAGAAUGAUUUUACAGAUUCAUACUCUCCCCCUCCAGCUAUUUCUUCAGAUGGAGAGCAGUUGCUGGAGCAAACCAGACACCAGGCGAUGGAAGAGUUAAAAAAAGUAUUUGUGCCAGAGUUAGCACAUAGAACAUAUCUCCCAUUGCUAAGAUUCCUUGGUGAAUCAGUUAUGGCACAGUCUCUGAAGAACGAGGAAUUUAUUAGAAGUCUGUGUUCUCAGGCUGAACAGGAGAGUCAGCAACAGGCAUCCCCUAUGGGAAUUGUGGAAGACACAAGAUGCUCAUCUGACCGGUUGUCUCCAAGUGGGACACAGGUGGCAGAGAGGACUUCAACUGGUAGCUUUGGGAGUAAUGUUGAAGUUGUUGGCAAUAGAAUUGAUUUACAGAGUGCAGAUAUCCCUUCUGUUCUACCAACAGAAAGUGCAGGUAUUGCUUUUCAAGAAAGUGCAGGUGACUUGAUGAAUCUCAUAAGCAAAAAAAUGGAGAAUACAAACAGGCAUUUACAUGGAAACUGGUUGGCAUACUGGGAACAUGAGAUUGGGCGACCUGAUAAAGAAACAAAUUUUAAUUUCAAGCAGAUAAAACUUCAGAGAUUCUCAGGCCAUACAAGUAACAUCCGCACCAUACAAGUGUUAGACAAUGAAAAUAGUUUCCUUAGUGGAAGUCGUGACAAGACUGUGAAACUGUGGUCACUAAGAAGCCAGGGUGAUGGAACUGCUGUUUCCCCGUGUCGAUGGACUUACACUGGUCACCGUAAGUGUGUACUGGCAGUGGCACUUAUAGAGUCACUACGGCUUGCUGCCUCAUGUGACUCAAUCAUCCACAUAUGGGACCCAUUUAUGGGAAGUGUAAUUGCUCAUAUGAACUCACCACGCUACCCACCUGUCAAUGUCCUUCAGGCUUUGCCACCACCAAGCCGUGUCCUGCUUGCGGCCACUACAGACACUACACUGCGCCUUGUUGAUGCACGAACCUGUUCUUUUGUCAAUGAACUGAAGGUGUCACAGAGUGCAACAGGACUAAUAAGAUGCAUUGCUGUUGGGCCUGAAGGCACAUGGGUGGCUGUUGGACAGUCAUCAGGAUUCCUGUCUAUGCUGGACAUCCGCACAGGUGGCCUACUGGCCUCUUGGAAAGGUCAUGACUCAGAGAUACUGCAACUUAUAUCAGCAAAUGGUGGCAACUCCAUUGUGAGCUCUUCUCUGGACCAGGCAGUUUCUGUUUGGAGUGCUGUUGAUGGCAGGUUCUGCUUUCCUAUGAAAGGGCCUACAGAACCUGUUCACUGUCUUAUGAGCUAUGGAUCGGAACUGAUAUCAGGGACCACAGCUAGCCGAAUAGGAGUCCAUUCUGCUGUUGAUAUGGAUGCCUCAUACACUUCAACUCGGCUGCGAUCCGAUACCUUCAAAGGUGUUCUUACGUCCAUGGCUGUCCUUCCUCUCAACAGGCUGCUGCUCCUUGGUGCUGACUCAGGGAACAUAACACUGCUCUGUUGAACUGCAUGUCAGCAAUAUGGAAACGGAAAACAUUUCUUUGGAUCUCAUUUACAGAAACUUUAAUUAAUAAUAUGAUUGUAAACAUUCCAUUGCAUAUCGAAGCACA